CCGGCAUACCAGCAUCUUGAUAUACCAGUGUACAUGUUAUAGAAGACCCGCUAGUAUGUGUCUAAUGUUGUAAAGUUGUGUGAUAAUAUUUGGUAUUAUCGUCUAGCUGUUACAUAGUGUUAUCAUGUUAUAUGAAUUUUAAAAUUUAUCAAUUGUCUACAUAUUCUCAGUGUUUAAUUAAGCUCAACCUUGGCAAUGGAAGUGACGUAUUUCUGGAUACUUUAUUCAUGUUUAAUUUUCGGAUCCGGCAUUUUGUGUGACAGGAGACUCAAGAGACGACAAGCUGUAUCAUCUUGUUCAGUAAACACUGAAGAUAAUUUUUUUUGUUCAAAUGGACCGUGCAUCGAAUGGUCGUGGGUUUGUGAUGGCCAUAUGGAUUGUUCAGAUGGUUCAGACGAGACCAAAGAGUUGUGUGCUCGAUACGAGUAUGGAAACAAUGUGACCAUGGAUUGUGGUAGAGUAAAUAUAAAAAGCCAAGUAAUAUUCGAAGAAGGUAAGAAUAAAGCAACAGUUGGAACAACACCUUGGUUUGCUGCAAUAUUUAAAUUAAAUAAAACGAAUUCAAAUUAUUACCUUGAUAGUGUAGGAUCAAUUAUUGCUCCAAAUGUAGUCAUAUCCGCGGCUUCAUCUUUUUGGCAUAAAGGUAUGUUAUCUAAGAGAAUAUCAAUAAAAGAUGGUCAAUACAAAAUUACUGUCGGAAAAUAUGAUAAAAGUUUUACUGAUAUUGACAAUGACUUUAUUCAAAUAAUAGAUGUAGAAACGAUUUACCUGUCUGAAGGUUAUGAUGUAGAUGAGAAUGGGGUCCAUUCUGAAGAUAUAUCUGUUAUUAUAUUAGCAAACAAAAUUUCAUUUAGUAAUGGUAUUGCACCUGUUUGUAUCGAUUGGUAUAGUAAAUAUAAUAAUAUACAGAGUGGAGCUGAAGGAAAGAUUAGUCUUUGGGGAGACACGAAAAAUGGCACAGAAAAAUCUAUUUUAGUAGAAAGAUUGUUUCCAUACAUUAACCCAAGUACUUGUCGAAAAUUGUAUUAUGAUGAUCAGUAUGUGACUUCCGAUAAGUUUUGUGCCGGUUCUGUAUUGGGACCACCGGUAGAUGAUGAUAGUUAUGGAGCAGGCAUAAGCUAUUUACACUCUAAUUCAUAUUUUUUAACCGGAGUAC